AUGAAUUUAGAUAAGGAAAGAACUUCUAAUCCUGGAAAAGGUUUUGGAAGUUUAAUGGGCGAUGAUGGUGGAAAAGCUGACGUGAAAGAUGAAGAUGCCUUAAAAUUAAUUCAAGCCACACAAAAAAAUUUAUAUCAAAAACAUCAUAGUUUCAAUGGUAUAGAAUCGGUGGGUCAAAAAUCUUUUUCGCGCAUUGAUGCACCUCAGGAUUAUGGUUUUUAUCCAUCUGAGACCACCUUGUCCAAUUCUAGAAUGUGCAAACAAUAUCUCGAAAAUAAAUAUCACGUAAUAUUUAAGAUUAUUAAUAAUAAUGAUGUAUAUAAUCCUCUUUUGGUUGUUAAAAAUCGAAAAGUCGAUGUUAAUAAUGAGGGAAUAAAUGACCAUAGUUCGAUAUCUGUUAAUAAAGUUCGUCAAUCAAUAAAUCGUGGGAAAACUGGUGGUUCUGCUUCCCGGCGAAAAACGCCAAAUCCAUGGCACGUUACGCACAUGGAAAUUAUAAAAGACUAUGAACAAAGAAAUAACAUUAGUGAUAUGUCUACUUCUUUUAAAAACUCUGAUUUAGAAAGUUCUAGUUAUAAUAAUGUUGAUCACGUACCUCAAAAUUCCCUACUUCAUAUGGGGUCUGAACUUGUUACUACCAAAAAAAAUUUACCUUAUCGUAGAUUAUCCCAAAUUUUUGUUCCUCCAUCGCAAGAGAAAGAAGAAUCAAGACUGCCAACAGAAGGUGGACGUCGUGGUGGAAAACAUUCGAGAACUUUGAGCUUGAAUGAAGAUAUCACGUCACCUUUAACCAAAGAUGAUCAUCAAAGCAAAUCUAAAAGGGGUUUAUUAAGCAUAUUCAAGCGUAAAGAUAGAAAACAUAAUAAGCGAGGUCGAUCUGAUACAGAAAUUGAUGACAAUGGUGAUGGUCAGGUUGGAGCAAUCAAAGAAUUAGUGGAUCACUCUUCAUCUUUACCGACAAUUAAUUUAUCUUCGGGUGAUCCAUCUCCUAAAAGUUCUUCUGAAGAUGUUAGACCUUUGCCUGAAAAAGAUAAAGAUUUCCUAAGCAUCUCAAAUAAUGUUAAUGUAUAUCAUUCUAAUAAUGACUUGGCUGAGUAUGGUGUAAAAUAUGACAAUGAAAUGCUCAAAAAGCCAAAUCGUGACACUUUGAUCGUGCUUUCUGAUGACACUUCUAUGUAUGCGGGUUCUAGCAAUGGUUCUUCGGCGAGGCAUUCUAUGGAAUUCGACUCGAUUAAAAAUACCCAAAUGGAUAUUUAUUUAUCUUCGCAUUCUACAUCCGAAGCCUUACAUGUUGAAGAUCAUCUCAAAAAACUCAGCGAAGAUGAAAAUGUAAAUAAUAAAAUUAUAGACAAUAGUUCUGAAUCUGAAGAGGACACUAAAGACGAUGAAUUAGAUGAAGAUGAUAAUAUUGAUGAAACAAUUAAUGUCGAUCUUGAUGUUCUUCCACCAAAUUUAAGGAAACUAUACCAAAAAGAGAAUAGUCGAUAUGUGGAAUUGAAUAUCAGAUCAAAUGAUGAUUUCAAGUUUAAUAAAUUUGUUCGCCGUAAAAGUAGGUCUAAGUUUGAAUUAGAUAAAACUUUAUACGAUCUCCGGAUAUCUCUUGUUGGGGAUGCAUCUCAUAAUCAGAAAAGAAUUAAUCAGAACGAAACAUCUUUGUUGAUUGAACGAUGUGAUGAUUAUAUCAAAGAAGCAACAGAAUUGUUUAAUAAACAUGAGCAAAUUCUAUUAGAUAAAGAAGAAAUUAUAGUUAAAAAUAAUUAUCGUUCAUUUUCAUCACAAAGUCUAACUACUGAAGGAUAUCACACACCCAUGGUAUAUGAAUUGAAAAAAAAUAUUGAUGAGAAGACAAAAUCCUUGAAUGGUUCACUGAUCAAUAUUGAAAAUACAGCAAAUAAAUUAAAAACUCAACAUAACAGCAUUUCUGAGGAAAUGAAAGCUAUGUUUGAGACAUUUGAAGAUAUUUCACUCUCUGUGAAUCAUGAUUACUUUCAUGAGCUAAAAAUUCUUGAAGAUAAUAUUCACAUCUUAGUUUCAGAGAGUGGAAAAUCUCUUUUGUCAGAUAUAUUUUACUUAAUGUUGUCUUAUGUGCUUGCUG